AUCUGGGAACAGGAAGAAGCCUUGUUUACAUGACACAUAUCCUGACCCGCAGGCAGCGCUAGCAAACAGUAGCUUAGAGAAGUGAAAUGAUUGUUUGAGAUUUGAAAUAUCAUUUGAGUGAAUCCGUGCAAAUGGCGUCAGCAAAUGAUCCAUUUCAAUUUCAGGAAUUUGAUGAGGCUGGCAGCCUGUUAGAAGCCAACAGAGAUGCAACAACCAUCAGCAUUGAGGUUGAACCUGUCAAACCUGAGAAACAGAGAAAAGCUGCUGGUUUAAAUCCUGCUGAUGAGGAUGAUGAAUUUGACAAUGAUGACAAGACAGAGCUCCUAUCUGGGCAACAGAAAAGUGUCCCUUUCUGGACGUUUGAGUACUACCAAAGAUUUUUUGACAUCGAAACCCAUCAUGUGAAGGAAAGAAUUAUUGGAUCAAUGCUGCCAUGGCCUGGAAAGAACUUCAUUCAGCUCUACCUUCGUAGAAACCCUGAUCUUUAUGGACCCAUCUGGAUUUGCACCACUCUUGUGUUUGCCAUUGCCAUCAGUGGAAAUAUAUCCAACUUUCUGGUGCACUUAGGCAAACCAAACUACAGGUAUACCCCAGAGUUUCGAAAAGUGACAAUUGCUGCAACAGCGAUCUUCAGCUACGCUUGGUUGGUGCCUCUUGCCCUCUGGGGUUUUCUACUAUGGAGAAACAACAAGAUCAUGAACUUGGUGUCUUACUCCUUCAUGGAGAUAUUCUGUGUGUACGGUUACUCACUGUCUAUUUACAUACCUGCAGUGGUGCUAUGGAUCCUCCCAUUUGAAUGGCUGAGGUGGUGCUCCAUCGGGGUAGCUUUGUGCCUCUCUGGCUCAGUGCUGGUGAUGACGCUCUGGCCUGCAGUAAGGGAUGACCACCCCAAAUUUAUUGUCGCAAUAAUGUCUGCUGUUGUGAUGAUGAACAUCCUGCUCGCUGUUGGUUGUAAGGCCUAUUUCUUCAGCAAACCGGAACCAGUACAACCUCUUGACAGCCCCGUCGCAGCAGUGGCGACCAAUUCAACAUGAAAACCUUUCAUUGUGUUAAGAGGGAAUCGGGUUGCUGGGGUGAUGAAGUCAUGGGUCGUCUGGAUUUCACCUACACUUGGACAUUCUGGCUCAACACCCAAAAACCCAGUGUGUGUACCUGGUUCAACUGCGUGACCUCUGAAAAUGAACACUUCUACCACGUAUGUUAUUUCUAAUGGGAUGGGUUUUAAAUUUCCUUGAAGAUUAAUGGUGUAUUGGGUUACACUUCACACAUGAUGAAGUUUUAAGGAUGAAAUAUUUUCAAUAAACCAGUAUGUGCAGUAAUGUCCAUGGUAUCUUAGCAAUGCACUUUCUACUUUGGGAACAGUUGGUAUGUGUCUGUACAGGAUUUUCUUGUAUGAACUAUUAUAGGUGUUGGUAAGAUUUUCAGUGGUCAGACUUGUCAUGUAGAGUUUUUUUCUUUCUGUUACUGACAAAACCAUGUGUGCCCUUAACUAAUACCAAAGACCCAAGUAAUUUACAACAUGUGUAACUAUAUUUUUUAAUUUUUUUAUUGUGACGGUUAGGUUAUGAUCUAUUAUAUGGAAAUAAACUUUCAUUGCAAAUAAUAUAAAAUAA